AUGGACCUCUCCGGCUUCGAUCCUUCGACCAUGACCUACCUGGCGACGCAGAUGCAGCAUCCCAAUGCCGGUGGUUCGCAGCAGGAUCCGUUCCAGGAAAUGCUGCUGCCGUCGGAGUUUGCGGACCAUCAUUCGACGUAUGGAGGUUAUGCCGCGAGUGAGGAUCUGAAUCUGCAUUCAUUGCAACAGCAACCUCUCAAGCGCUUCGCCAGCGCGUACGAAGAUCCCUUCUCUGAUGUCGUUAGCGCAUUCGAAGCUCCGGCGCAGAAUGAUGCUCAUGAUACCGAAACGCCUUCGAUCGAUCGCGACAAUAAGCUGUUGAGCUUCUCGCCUCCGACACUAGACUAUACACUUCUCGACUACACAUAUCGGCGAACAACAAUAUCGCUAUCAGCGCAAUUACAUGGCAUGUUCUUCCUGGCCGAGUCGCCGUGGGCAUCGGCAGGAGAUGCACAACCUCCCCCCUCGGAGUUGACGUGCUAUCGGAGGAAUCUGUUCCAGAUCACAGGAGAGAUCACAUUACCCAGGACGUUGAGGUACAUCAUGACAGAGCAGGGAGAGCAAAUACCCAUAAUCGGACAAGAGUUGGUGAUCAGCGCGACGGAGUCAACAGAAGGAAACUCAGUCAAGAUCAUUUCUGUGCCGUGGAAGACACCUACGAAUCCGACGUCGUCUGUACCGGAGGACAAGACGGAGCGCGAGCCUCCUUCGUUUCCUAUUGAUUUGAUAAAUGUUCAGGAGAUGAAUACGGACUUCGCUAGCUUUCCGUUUCAGUGGAAAAGAUUGCAAUUCAGAAUCGCGACCGCGAAUAAUGGUCGACGGAAAGAAUUGCAGCAACACUUUGUAGUGAAGCUAAAGUUGCUCGCGACCCUCGCGACGGGCGGGAAGAUUCCCAUCGCUUCAGUUCAAUCAGGUGCUAUCAUUGUACGAGGUCGAAGUCCACGGAACUUUCAGUCGAGAAAAGACAUGCCGCUGAAUGGUGGUGCUCCCCUCACAACCCCUCCCACACCCUACGAACAACCUCGCUUAAACCCAAAUCGACCGCCAUCAUCAACAACAAUGCGCCCUCCUCCUCCAGCGCCCGUAAACCUCUCCCUCCUCGAAGACGAAACACCCACACCCUCUCCCUUGGACCCCACAACGCGGAGUACAACAAACCCCUCCUCCACCUCCCCACCAAUCGUCCACACCUCAAAACGAAGUCGCCUCCCACCUCCCUCCGCCGAUCUCUUGUACGAGUACUUCCCCCUCGGUUUGGACGACUGGAUGCCACCUGUGGAAGCGGUCUAUCGCCCGCAUGUGGGCGGAGGAGAGAGGGAACAAGGGGCGGAGUAA